AUGAGCAUGAGCUCCAAGAAAAAAACACGGACUUCUUUCGGGGCCACAGCGCCACCCUUCAUUGACUACUUGAAAGAUAUCCUACGUCGGUACCCAGACGGCGGACAAAUUUUGAAGGAGCUGAUUCAAAAUGCAGAUGACGCUCAAGCCACUAAUGUGACUUUCAUCCAUGAUGAGAGAAGCUAUGGGACUCAAAGUCUUUGGACAGAUGCUUUAGGAAAAUUCCAAGGACCUUCUCUGUACAGCUACAACAAUGCGCCAUUCUCUGAUGAGGAUUGGGAAGGAAUUCAAGCCGUCGGAAGGAGCGUCAAGCGUGAUGACCCCGCCACCGUCGGGAGGUUCGGAAUUGGUUUCAAUUCUGUUUACCACAUAACAGAUGUUCCUAGCAUAUUCAGCUCUGGCUACCUUGGCUUCUUGGAUCCCCAAGAAAAAAUAUUUGGAGAAAGACAAGGCGGAUUCCGUUGGGCGUUGGAUGAUACGGAGCACCAAGAAGUUCUGACGAGUAUCUGUGAUCAGUUUCAACCAUUCCGGGACAUUUUAAAGCUUGUGAGCGGUCAAGAGUGGUCCAAAGUCAUUACAGAAGAUCAGCACUUUGAGGGGACAAUUUUCAGAUUCCCUUUGCGUGCAGAAGUGUCGGAUAUUUCCGAUAAUUUGUACAACGCAGAUAAAGUCGUUGAGCUUUUUGAAAGCUUCAUUGCAGAUGCAGAAUUGAGCCUGCUGUUUUUGAGAAACGUCACCACGGUGACAUUGUUGCAUAUUGACGUCGACGGGUCUGUGAGUAAACGACUCGAAGUCAAGUCCUCAGCCUCCGCAGACGUCGUUUUGGAACCUCGAGACAACAUUCCAAACGAAGGGUCGACGAGACUCAAAGUGAUAACCAUUGAUUCCGAAGACCACAUUGAAACAAAAUGGCUCGUCACGACUUACACUGUAAAGGAAGGAACUACGGAAGAACUGGACAUCCUUGCACAAAAGUUGAGCUUCGUCCCGCAAGUUGACUUGGCGUUCCCUUGCGGUGAGACGAGAGCCGCCAGCGGGAGCCGGCUGAGCUGCUUUCUCCCACUGCCCAACAACGAAAGUAACAAGACAGGAUUGCCGGUCCAGAUCAAUGCCUGCUUCGGCCUCACGGAUAACAGGAGACACAUCAAGUGGCAGGAGGAAGAUCAGCUACAUGAUGAACACGCCAUGUGGAACGAAUUGCUAAUGAAAGAGGUGCUACCGCAAGCGUACAAAAAGAUCAUAGGAGACGCCGUUAGACAUGUUCAAAAGGGUUUUCUUCCUGUGUCUUCUGUGUAUGAGCUGUGGCCAGAUCUCACUCGCAUUCAGCAUAAGGAAAAAUGGCACGCCAUUGCCGUAGACAUCCUCCAUCAGUUGUUCCUAGAAAAUGGUGCCAGACUGUCCCUUGCCAGAGACGAACGAAAGUUUAUCAGCCCAAUGGAAGCUGUUCUCCCCUGUCAAGGCCCAAUCAGGCCUGACAUACAGGCUGCCAUUCAUACAACUUUGCUUUCCGGCGGGGAGAAUCUUGUCAUACUCCCAAGCAAUGUUGCAACGGCCAUAGAAACAGUUCACCCGCAUGCCAGCAUCCUAAUAUAUGCCACGCCAGCCUUCCUCAGGGAUGUUCUCCAUCGUGUCGACAUGAAGAACAUGUCUAGAGAUGACAAACUCUCUAUUCUGGAGUACAUUCUGAGAGAUGGAGAAUACAGCGAGCUCCAGGGUCUUGAGCUUCUCCCACUUAGUGAUGGCUCUUUUAGAGCAUUCACAGAUGAAGAGGAGGACACUGCCUUGAUUGACAGCGAAGAAUUUCCAAGAGUCCUGCUACCAUUUUGCAAACACCUUUUCAUACCAGAAGAUCUAAGCCCAGCCUGCACUGCCCACUUGAAACAACUGGCUCGUGAAAAUUUAUUCAAGAUAAUGGACAUUGACGCCGAGGAGGUGGCAAAGUACACCAGGAGAUAUUUGCCGGAAGAGUGGACAGGAUUGAACACAGCGCUUGUCAAGUGGGACCUCAACGAAAGUCUGCAUCCGUCUUUAGAUUGGCUCCAAGAAUUCUGGAAAUUCCUCAACAAUCACUUCACAAAGUUAAAUUCUUUCAUUGGCAUUCCAUUAAUACCAGUGGGCCCCUUUGAUUCCAAUCAAUCUGUAUUACUUGCGAAAAUGAAUGCAAACACAACUCUGGUAUUCCACCAAAGGAUGCAAGCCCGUUUGCCGGAUAGAAUAGCCGAGUUUGUGCAAAAAGUCGGCGGCACAGUGGUGUGGGGAAAUAAAUGGCUUAAGCAUGAUGACCUUGAUUCUUAUGUGCUGUAUCCAUCUGCGAGAAGUGUUGUGACCAUCUUGAUGAACGUUGAGUAUGGCCGCCUCUUUGAAAACCUUGAGACAAUGAGUCCCGAGACUCGAGAAGAGCUGAAAGAUUAUCUGUCGUCUCUGGAUUCACUCUCGAACAGUGAGAAGGAGCUCCUCUUAAAGAUGCCUCUGUUUCAAAAUACAAAAGGCGUGCCUAUCCCAGCGCAAUCAAAAAAGGGUGUGCUCUUAGGAUGCGGUCCAAAAAUACCGACGGAUCUUCCAAUGCCAGACUCAAUAGUGCUAUGUACCACAGAGGCUGAUCGCAGACUGUUGCGUUUGCUUAACGUUCAUCUUUUGGACACAGCUGAAGCAGCUCAUCUGCUAAUUGACAACAUUGAAGGCAAGGUAUGCAGCAAGGAGGACACUACAAAGAUUAUGACUUGGAUUUUACAGCAUGGCAGCAUCCUUUUCUCCCAAAACAAGACCUUGAAAUGCCGUUGUCAAGAAUUAAACUUCAUGGAAGCAAACGGUGUCCUGAAAAAGGCCUCACAUUUCCUCCAUCCAAGGAUUCCAAUUUUCCAAGUCAUUUUUGAUCCCAGUUUCUUCCCACCUUCUCCAUACUUGAAAAGUGAGCAGAUGCUUGACACCCUAACAGAUCUUGGUGUGAUUAAGAGCGAAGCGGAUGUGUCCCCUGAGCACUUGCUGCAUGCUGCCACUGAAAUAGACUCGCUGCAUUUAGUCUCACAGCCUUUGAAAAGAGCUCAGUCACUCCUAAACAUGCUCGAUGCUCACUGUCUCUUGCCCAAGUUUUCCCAAAAACAACUUGACGUACUCAAAAUGCUGAAAUGGGUUCCAUGUGCUAACCCUAGUAAUACCACAGAGCAGAUUUCUCUCUUCUGCCCAAAUGAAAUAAGACACACUCAGUAUAAGGAUGUUGUUGGCCAUGUUAUGCCUCUCAUUGGAAGCCUGAGUGACAGAGCUAGCAACAAACUUGGUUUCAAAUGCUGUCCCCCACCAAACAAAGUGAUGGAAAAUUUGUAUUUCUUGAUUGCAAGCACGGACAAAAUGGAGGACCCUGACACAAAUGGAGAUUUCAAAAGGAAGUUGCAUAGCAUUUACAAAUACAUGCAAGAUCAAAUUUCCAAUUUUACAACGUUGCUGGAUAAAAACGCGUGUUGGCUGUGGUGCGGUGACCAGUUUGUCUCACCCGGGGAUUUGGUUCUCGACUACCCACGUAAUCUAGAUCUGAGCUCCUGGGUGAAGAAUUUGCCAAAGGAAUUCCUACCAUACAAGAAGCUCCUGACAGAAUUUGGCAUGAGAUUAUCUCUUACGGAGCAUGAUACAGUUGACAUUCUCCAUUCCAUGAUGAAAACAAUUGAAGGAAAGAACCCGCCCAUUGCGAGUCCCUCUGAGAUCAAAGCCUCAGUAGAAAUUGUCAAAUGGAUAUGGAAGGAAAAGAUGAUGGUUCCGAAGGACAUACCAGUGCCAGUCACCGCACAAGGGGGUCAGUACACCCUCAAAUCACUGUCGACAGCCAUUUUCUGUGACAUGAGCAAAAAAACUUUAGAGGCUCUUCAAUACAGCAAUGAGCAAGUGUGUUUCCUGCAUGAAGAGAUUCCAAAAGCAGCUGCUGAAUAUCUUGACAUCCAAUUCCUGAGUAUGCACAUACUCCGACCUGAGCUUGUGGGGAUCGAGCAGUGUGGACAAUCUGAGCCCAUAACAAUGAGGAUUAAAAACAUUCUCAAAGAGUAUGAUGAUGAAAGUGAUCUCUUUAAAGAGCUCAUCCAAAACGCGGAAGAUGCUGGAGCAGGCACUUGUAAAUUCUUAGUGGAUUUUAGAGUACACAAAAAUCCACCUGAAAAUCUCAUAGAUCCUGGCAUGAUCCCGUGCCAGGGCCCUUGCCUUUGGGCAUUCAAUGAUGAAAUGUUCACCAACGAGGACUGGGAGAAUAUUGUGAGAGUAGGCUCUGCCUCAAAAGAAGACAAGGUGGGAAAAAUUGGCAAAUUUGGACUUGGGUUCAAUACUGUGUAUCAUGUGACAGAUGUUCCUUCCGUCCUAAGUGGAAGCAAACUCCUCAUACUUGAUCCAAACGUGACUCAUCUUAAAAAGUUCAUCAGAAACAAAUCAAAUCCUGGAAUCAAGUUGGAUCUCUCCAAUGAGAAUCUCUGUCAUUGUUUUCCAGGUCAGUUUGGACCGUACGAAAACAUUUUUCAAUGUAGUUUCACUACACAAAGUCCUCCAGACCCUUAUCAGGGUACUCUAAUCAAGCUUCCUUUCCGAACUAAAGAAGAAGCUCUCAUGUCAGGGAUAAGUACCAAAGUAUAUGACAGAGAACGUAUUAUAACUUUACAGCGAGAGUUUACAAACAAUUCUGAAAUGCACAUCUUGUUCCUAAAGAACAUCAACACAUUGUCUUUGCUAAAUAUCUCAAAAAAAGCAGCAACUCCUCCAAGAGAUGAAGAAAUAGAAACCCUCCUCAAGGUCACCAAAACUACUUUGCUUCCAAUCCAGAUUCCAGGAGACAGUCAUUCAAGGCAGAUUCAAGCUGAAAUGUUAUUGCUGAAAUGUGGUAAAAAUUGCAAGGAUGUCAUUGACUGCUCGACCGUCAACAUUGUCCAAAUAAGCAGUGAACAAUCCAGCAAAAGAAAAAGCCAGUCUUGGCUCGUAUACAACUGCUUCGGGACAAAUCAGUCUUUAAAAAUGACCCUGCAAAAGGAAAAGCAAGCCAAUUUCUCCUUGCCCAUUGGGGGAGUAGCUGUGCCUUUGAAAAAAGAUCAAGAAAGUGUGAACUUUACCACAUCGGAUACCAAGCUAAAUGGUCAGGCUUUCUGCUUCCUACCACUUGCUAUCGACACUGGUCUCCCAGUCAAUGUCAAUGGAACGUUUGCUGUAACAAGCAAUCGUAAAGGCUUGUGGGAAAGUGGCGUGAAACACUACUGGAACAAAGCACUUCUCCAGGAUCCCAUAGUAACAGCCUAUGUCACAUCACUUUUGGUAUUAAAGAAGCUGUGGGAAAACGGGCAACUGAAAAGUUACUCCUACCACACCUUUUGGCCUGACAGGGAAAAAGUAAGUGACGCAUUCAAACCGUUAGUUGAUGAAUUGUACGCCACCCUCGCACAGAAGGGCUCUGCCCCAGAGCUCUUCUGUGAUGGAAAAAACUGGUGUUCCAUGAAGAAUGUCGUAUUUCUACAUGAAAGCAUUGAAGAAGAUGAAAAGUUGUAUCCCCUUGUAACACAGGUCUGUCAAAAACAUGUCAGGGAGCCAAACCAUGUUGUUCCUCUUCCACGCUGGUUGAGAAAUAGCUUCAUACAGGCUGGCCUUGGAAAUGUUUUGCAGGAGAAAACAUGGCAUUGGGAGAGAUUCUUUCAAGAGGUAGUGUUUGAGAACCUUGCCACCUUGGACAUUAAGACUAGAGAUACUCUUUUGUUACAUGCCAUUGACCUUAACGCCGAGGGCAUUGACCAUCUAUUGGCCAGGUAUCCGUGCAUUCCAACAAAGGAUGGACACCUCCAGUAUAUCAAGAAACUUGUGAAUCCUUCAGGCAAACUGUCUUGCCUUUUUGAAGAUGAGAUGGGGAGAUUGCUUGAAGGCACCAAGAAUGACUUUUGCUCCCCAAAGAGGAUUCAACGUUUGCUUGAACAUGGGAUGUUAAAUGACCAUCUUUCACUAGAGGCUAUUGCUGAGAAAGCGGAAACAAUCCAAACCCUUUGGAAGACUGACAAAACAAAAGCAUAUAGGCAUUUGAAGUGCCUUCUUGAACUCAUGAAGGAUCACAUCUAUGACACAGUCUCCUGCCACUGGAAAGCAUUAAGGGAGAUCCCAUUUCUCCCAGCAUUUUACCUCAACGUUGCAGUCUUGAGAAAGCCAGUUGACAUCUUCAAUGAAAGAUGCGCACCACUUGUUGACAGGACACAACCUGUGCUUGACCAUUCUGGCUUGAACAUACAUGAAACAGAUCCCAUUCUACAAAUUCUAGGAAUUUGUGACAAACCAGCACCUGACAUUGUGCUCCAGCAACUGCAAAAAGCAGCUGAGCAAUGUCAAGAUAUGGAUGGAUCCAAACUUCAGAAGAUUGCCUAUGAAUGCUACAGUUUUUUGGAUAGAUGUGUCUGUGACUCAGAAAUUUCUGAAUUCGUUACAAAGACGGCCAAUUCAUUUCCAUUUAUCUUUAAUGGCAAAACAUUUGUCAAGGUGGACCGUGUGGCUCUUAAAGGGCAGCAAUUGGAAGCAAAGCCCUAUCUCCAUGUGCUUCCACCCGCAUUUGCUUGUUUUAGGAAUCUCUGGGAGAGUAUAGGUGUUAAAGACACGUUUACUCUGCCGCAAUUUCUUAAUGUUCUUCAGGAAGUCAAGUUAAAACAUGGUGACGAACCUUUGUCAAAUGAUGAUCUCAAACUGUGUCUCAUGAUUUUAUACAGAGGCAUAUAUAGUACCAGUGAGACCCCUACAAAAGACUGCCUCAUUCCCAAUGAACAUGGGGUUUUGGAACCUGCCUCCCAGCUUGUCUUUAAUGACAGUCCAUGGAUGCCAGUUAGUAAGGAUCUAACUCUUUGCCACAAGGAUAUCUCACGUGCUAUGGCACUCCAUUUUGGAAUCACAACAACCAGGCACCAUAGUCUGGAAAGGUAUGCAAUUAAAAAUCCCUCACCGUAUUCCUUCCCGUUUGAGCAAAAGGAGGACCUCACUGUCAGGAUCAAAAAUAUAAUUUCUGCUUAUCCGUCAAAGAAGGAUAUCCUCAAAGAGCUCAUCCAAAAUGCUGAUGAUGCAGACGCAACAGAGAUCCACUUUGUUUGGGACGGACGACAACAUGGCACUGAGAAAACCUUUGGCGACAAAUGGAACAAGCUACAAGGCCCAGCACUCUGUGUAUAUAACAACAGUGUGUUUUCAGACGCAGACCUGAUUGGCAUUCAGCAGCUGGGAACAGGAGGAAAGCGCCAUAAUCCAGAUAAGAUUGGAAAAUAUGGACUUGGAUUCAAUGCUGUUUUUCAUCUGACUGACUGUCCCUCAAUUCUCACUGGGGAUGACAGACUGUGCAUUUCAGAUCCCAAUAAAAUUUACAUUGAAAGCCACAGCGAGCAUGUGGGUGCGGGCAUUGGCUAUGAACUAGAUGACACUUUCAAGGAGAUGUACGAGGAUGCUUACAAAUCCUAUCUUCCGGACAAGUAUUCCCUUAAAGAUGGAACCAUGAUUAGGUUGCCUCUAAGAACUCCUUCCAUGGCAGAGACCUCAAAAAUAUCGCAACAGAAAGUUAGUGAGCGUGACAUCAAAGAGCUGUGCUCCGCCCUCUCUGAGGACCUCGAAGGGCUCAUUCUCUUCCUGAAAAAUAUCCGAAAAAUUGAGGUCUUUCAAAUCAAUAAUGACUCUGAUGAAAUGACAAAAAUCUUUUCAGUACAAAAAAAUCCACGACUAGCAGAAGAAGAUGUUACAGUUGAUGUCUCAGUCUUAAAUGGAGUAUUUUAUAAAACCAUUAUUUCAACUUCAGACAAAAGACGGAGUGAAUGGAUCAUUGCAGAGCAGUUCGACACAUCCCAUUCCGCUGCAGGAGAAGGAAAAUCCACACAAGCAAUGAUAGCAGCACGAGUAAAGGCAAAAGGACAAUCCAGUGAUUUCAAAGGAGAAGCCUUUUGUAUGCUUCCUCUACCAGGUACCACUGGUCUACCUGUGCACAUCAAUGCAGACUUUGAGGUUGACUCAGCUAGGAGAAGCCUUUGGAAACAAGAUGGCUUAUGUCUGAAAACAGACUGGAACGAAUCCUUGAAAAACAAGGUCAUUGCACCACUCUACGCUGAUCUUCUUUAUUACAUCAGCCGAACCAUUUCGGUGAAGACAGCCAGUAGGAAAGAACUGGACACAUGUUUUACUAACUCAUACUUGCAUUUUUGGCCAACAGUGUCAGAAAAUGUGGAUCAGGAAUGGCAUGAAAUGAUACAUGAGGUGUACAGAUCAAUCAGCAAAAGAAGACUUAAUGUUAUUCCAGUUUUAAGGCGCACAACACAAGUAACUAAUAAAAAGCCAUUAAUCACGAUCACAAAGUACUCUAUUGACUGGCGGGAUGCAAAAGUAACCUCACCAUUGACCGAACCUUAUAUGGAAUCACCCAGUACGGAGAUAAACGACAUUUUGAUGAAACUCGGCAUGGAUUUGGUUCCCAUCUUCAAGGACAUGAAGAGGAUAUGGGACAGCUUCAAAACUGCUGGCGUUGACGUAAAAGAUGUGAAUCCUCCAAGUGUGCGGACUUUCUUAAAAACAAAGCCUGUUCACAAUCCAGAACAAACGAGAGAUGGGUUACCGCUUCCAAUAACUGACACAUUAAUCAAAAAUCCAAAAAUCUGCUCAGAGCUUCUGCAGUUCUGCCUAAGUGAUAUUUCCCAGGAAAAGAUCACAGAUGAUCCAACUCUACUCAACGGACUUCCUCUUCUUCUCACAGCUGAUGAAGUUUUGAGGGUGUUUGACGUGAAAGCACCAAAGAUGAUAACCAUAUACACUAAACUUUUCUCUGGUUAUGAGCACAAUUUUGUGCAUUAUCAGACUAACUGUGAGCAUUUGAAGAAGCUGGAAGCCCUGAGCCUCGCCAGCAAAUUAACAGUUUUUGACGCUUACAACUGGCUGAAGGUCUUAAUUAACCAGAAUCUAGCAAAGUGUGAGCUUGACCCACUGUGUGGUCUUUAUGUUCCAACUGAGGAAAUGCUAGCCUGGCUGAAAUUGCUGUGGAGAUUUUUAUCAAGCCAUAUUAAAAUCAAAAGUGGUGAAAGUAAAAUUGAAACCAAGAGUGGUGAUAAAGAUCUGAUGUUCAGUGAUUUUAAGGAGCUCUUCAGUGAUUUCCCCAUUUUGCCUGUCGUGUGCCCGAGGUCAAAAAAGCACCUCCUUAAAAAAAUUAAAGACAUGCCCAGCGUCAUUCCCUAUAACCUGGACAAUGAUAUAUCAGGACUCUUGUCCAAACUUGGAUUCAUGACGCGUCACAACGUUUUUUUCACAGAUUGUGACCAACAAAGAUUAUCCUUUUUACUACCGGAACUCAUGAAUGUGAGAAAUAAAAGUUCUGUGCUUGACCAAGUCGUCAAGGUAAACCACUCAGAAUUUUCCCGGCUAUCUUCUGCUGACAUGAAAGAACUUCAAAACUACCUGCAAUCUGGAGAGUCCAUAAAGUGUCCCACAUAUCAGAAAAAGCUCCGGUCAUUGCCAAUAUUUGAAACAAUAGAAGGCAAUCACGUUAGGAUUGACGACCAUCAAGUUGUUUACAUCCUCGAUAUGAGCACACAGUCAUUGCUUAAAUUUCCAGACUUGUUUAAACCUCCCGAGAACAACAGCAUUUUUCUCAAAUGCAGUCAUGAGAACAACAGUGUGUCUCAAACUUUGAACAUUGAGACCUUGGAUGAUCUGCAGUAUUUCAUGAAGAUCCUUCUGCCUGUUGUGCACAAACUCAGCCAACAUCAGAAGAUUCAGUGCCUAAAGCUGUUAGUGUCACUGCAAAAUCACGACUGUUAUGAUCAGCAUAAAUCCAACAUAAUUUCCAAACUAAAGAACGUGCCAAUGAUUGUUAAUGCUAACGGCCAGGUGAAUCCUGCCUCCUACUACUUUGAUGACAAAGUUGCCUUGUAUCAGGCAAUGUUACCUCCAGAAAUGUUUGUCCCUCAGGUAGUUUGGACUGAAUUGAGUGAAGGAAAACAAGGAAAACUCCAACUGGCACAGCAGUUACUCAAGGAACUUGGAAUGAAGCAUGUUGUGUCAAAAAACGAUAUCGUAGACUUCGCAAAGAAGUUAGCGUCCGAAGCUGAGUUAAAAGGUCACUCCAAGGAGCUGGAAGAGAAAUCCAGCUUUGUUUUCGAAGAAGCCUUGAGAAUUGCAGGAGAUGAGGAAACAAUGCUGGAGAGCAUCACCAACAUUAAGUUCAUUUUCCCUGUCAAAGUCAAAAAGCAACUGUACGAUUACCAUUUGCCAUUUGCACAAGAGACCACUGCUGUUCAAAUCAACGGUUCUUUAAUUGACAACAUUGACUUCAAUCAAGAAUUAAUUUGGUCUUCAAUGCCAAUCAUUCACGUUAAAGGAAGUAAUCAGUUGCCUCUGGAUAGGCUUAAGCAAGCAGGAGCUCAUUACCAACCACCUACACAUUGCGUUGCCAAGAACAUUGUCAACAUCUUCCAGUCACCCUGUGACACCGACGCUAAGAUCAAAACCCGCGCCACGGUAUUUCGACGUUCUUAUGCCUACUUGCAAAACAACAAUUUCAACAGGCGAUGGCUGGCAGGUCUUCCAAUUGUGCUGGUUGAGAAAGACACAAAAUUGGUGAGAGCAGACGAAGUUGUUUUUUCACUCCCCGAUGAAAAUGACUUCAGGCCGUACUUGUACCGUAUUUCACUAACAGACCUUGAGUAUGUCCGAUUCUUCGAGAACAUUGGUGUGAACAAAAAACCAACUGCACCACAGUACUGUAAUGUUCUGGCAGCAGUUAACGCAGAUUCCAGUGCUAAAUCCCAACUAAACCAAAACCAGCGAAAAACGGUUCAGCGUGCCGUGCAGCAUUUGUUUCUGUUACUAGAAAACGCCAAGCAGUCUCUAAUGGACAGUGUAGAGACUCUUUACCUUCCUGCUGUAGAUGGAAAACUCUACCCAUCAUGUGAUCUGUACUUCAACAACACGACAUUUGACCCCCAACGGUUGGAAGAGUCUCUAGACAAAGAGUUCAUUUUGCUUGAGAAACUAUCCUCGUGUCAUCUGGGCACAGACAUCUAUGAACUUUCUCAACUGCUGCAAUUGCUGCCUCAGAGACUCCAACCUAAAAUGUUAUCACACGUCACUGAAGAAAAAGUCGUACAAUCGCAAAUGCAACUUUGUGAGGUUAGUCCGGCCUGUGAAUUUCUUGACUGGUUUAAUAAACACCUGAACUCAGCUGCAUUCUUACAUGGACUGAUAUGUCUUUUGAGAGAGCAGUCAAACGGGAAAACAACUCCAAAGGAGGCUGCAGACAUAUGUAAGAAAAUAUUUGGCAGCAUAAAGAUCGUGUGCUGUACGAGCCUGACAACAGAGCUGCGGCUGAAAGAUCGAGCUCUGAAGAACACAGACCGUGAGACGGAUGUAUUUGUCGAAAAAGUUGAAAGUGGUUGCGUCUUUUAUCUGAAACACAAUGACACCAUAGUCCCAAAAGUCAUAAGUGCAGUGAACAUGACUUUGACAAAAGAGAUCACGUCUCUAUUAGGUAACAGAAUUUUGUCAAAGCAUCUUCUCAUCCUCGGACAGCUGCUCAUGUGUGACGACCUACAAGAUGUUCGUAAAACUCUGGCCAAGAAUGACAUUCACGACAGUGCUGAGGUUUGGUCCGCCAGCCAAGAGGCCCCAAAAGGAGAGAUACCAGAAGAGUGGCUUGAUUCCUUAGACAUGAACGUCCUCAACAACUUUGAAGAGGGAGAAUACGUAGGAUACUGCAUAAACGACAAAUAUGUUUAUGGAGUAAUUGUGGAGGAAAUACCUGGACAAUCGGGACCGUACUCAAAGAGAUACAAAAUAAGAAUUGGCGAAGACGAGACCAUCGAAGUCAGUAGUGUGGAUCUGUAUCAGUUCAAAUCUGAAAGCGUGGCCAAGCCCGAGUUAGUCUCACCCAUAGAAGACAACGAUUUGAAUUCACAAGAAACGACACCACAAUACACUUCAAUUAGCUCAAUAGCAAGAGGCUUACCGGCAACUUACGAAGAGGCAGUGAAGGAAAUUGACCAAAGCUUGGAAGAGAUCUGGAGUCUUCCUCAGGAGGAGAGGUUGAAACCCAGCAAGCGACUGUACCUCAAAUGGCAUCACGACAAAAACCCUCAGUGUUACUAUGCAACAGAAGUGGUUACGUAUGUGAGAAGUAGAAAUUGCUUUUCAUUUGGAGAUUUCUACCAGCAAUGGGAUGAGGAGGCUCAGCGCCACAGAAGUGGCCGGGAACGUGUUUUCCGACAAUACCAUUCCUACAACUUCUGGGAGCACAAUGAAUUUAUCCCGAGGCCUAACGCAGAGGAGGCGCGGCGCUGGUAUCGGCAGGCUCGCUGCGAUCUCAAUGCGGCGCACAGUGAAAGCAACGGGAGCGCGGAAUGGUGUCUGUUCAAAAUCCACCAGGCGGUGGGAAAGUCCCUCGUAGCCAUCGAGUACAAAACAAACGGCCGGAGUCUCAAUGGUACAAUUGUAAACAUGUCUGGGAAAGUCUCGCGCUACAGCCCCCUGCUAAGUGUCCUUCCUCGAAGCAUUGCCAAUCUGCAGGCCUUGGGCGUGGAUGGUAAAAAGACCCAAUACCCCAACUGCCUUCCUUUCCCCAGCAUUCCAAAUGAAUGCUUCUGUUCGGCUGAUGUAGGUGCAGCGCUCGAAAUAGCUACUGAGCUUCUCGCUGUGGUAAAAGCAUAUGUGAAAUAA